AAUGCGCAUGCAUCGUGCGCGACUUCCAAGAGUCGAUAUCGCUAUCCCGCUAGGACAGCAGCAUGGCAAUAGGGCAAUAGGGCAAAUGCGUAUGUGCAUAUGCAUAUGCAUACGACAACGGAGCGCUCGUAGAGCGGCGAACGCCAUCCGAAGGUUGGAACCGGCCGAUGGUGAUAAUAUCCAUCCCCCUUGCGCUGCAACGGCGGCCGUGCUGGAUCGGCAUCCCUGCCACGAGCCGAAGCACCCUGAAGCAUACUCUCCCAUACCAUCCCAUACUAUGCCUUCAUGAUCGGCUUGUGCAUGAUUGCCAGCAUUGUGGGAUGCAUUGUGCGUGUUUACGUGCGGAUGGGACGACGCAGCGAACAGCUAAUGGCAACAGUAAUGCAUUGACCUGGACCACCCGGAGGCGAAUCUGAUUUGAAGACGGGAUUGUUAUCUUAUCAUGCUCGCAUCCGCGAAGAAAACGACGGGCCUGAAAGCGCGCCGGGGCCGUGCUAGGGGAAGUCGUGGGAAGUCGUGGGAAAUCGUGGGAAAUUCUGGAUAGGGGUGCUGAUAUAUCAUCGUUCUCGUCUGCUGCAAGGAACACGUCCGGUUCUCGCCCUUCCGGCUCUCCUCAUCUGCCUUGACAGAAUUCUAUGACAGAACUUCUACUGUCACCAUGGACAACUCGCUCAAUUCCGUCGACGGCCCUGAUACUAUCGGGCCCUAUUCGCACCCCCGCAAGUCCUUCCGCCAGCGUCUACGCUCCAUCCGGGAGGCCUUCACCACCAGGGACGGCUUAAUCGGCGACUAUGACUACGGUACUCUCUUCCUGCCGGACAUCCCCUUUCUCAAAAAGACACCGGGCGCGGUGCCCUUCUUCGGCCUCAAUGACAGGAUCCCCGUUGUCCUGGCGGUGCUGCUGGGUGUCCAGCAUGCCCUCGCCAUGCUGGGGGGUGUCAUCAGCCCGCCCAGGAUCAUGGCGAGCAGUAUGAAUCUCACGGACGAACAGACCCAGUACCUGGUAUCGACGGCCUUGAUCGUCUGUGGCAUUCUCACUGCCGUCCAGAUCACCCGCUUCCAUAUCUACAAGACGCCGUAUUACAUCGGAACCGGCGUCAUCUCAGUCGUCGGUGUCUCCUUUAGCAUCAUUACCGUGGCCACCAAAGCCGUCGGCCAAAUGUACGAGAACGGUUUCUGCAAGAUGGCCGAAGACGGCACCAAGCUUCCCUGCCCCGAUGCGUACGGCGCCCUCCUCGGAACAUCGGCCUGCUGCGCCUUGAUCGAGGUCCUCAUCGCCUUCAUGCCUCCGGCAGUCAUCAAAAAGAUCUUCCCGCCCAUCGUCACCGGUCCGACUGUCAUGUUGAUCGGUGUCUCCCUGCUGCAGACGGGCUUUGAACAGUGGGCUGGCGGGUCCAGCGACUGCAUGUCCCGUCCUUCGGAGGGUGACUUCGCCCUGUGCCCUCACGUCGGUGCUCCGCAUGCGCUUCCGUGGGGAAGUCCCGAGUUCAUCGGACUGGGCUUCUCGGUCUUCGUGACCAUCUUGAUCUGCGAACGACUGGGUGCACCCAUCAUGAAGUCAUGCGCCGUCAUUAUCGGUUUGCUGGUCGGCUGUAUUAUCGCUGCUGCAUGCGGUUAUUUUGAUGGCAGCAUUGUUGGCGAGGCUCCGGUCGCUUCAUUCAUCUGGGUCCACACCUUCAAGCUCCAGGUCUACGGCCCUCUGGUAUUGCCACUAAUAGCCGUCUUCAUGAUUUGUGCCUGUGAAGCCGUCGGCGAUGUCACCGCCACCUGCGAUGUCUCUCGACUCGAAGUCGAGGGCAAGAUUUUCGAUUCCCGUAUCCAGGGAUGUAUCCUGUCCGACGGUCUUGGUUCUAUCUUUGCGGCCCUGGCCACCAUGACUCCCAUGACGACCUUUGCACAGAACAACGGUGUCAUUGCCCUGACGCGAUGUGCCAAUCGAAUGGCCGGUUACUGCUGCUGCAUCGUCUUGAUCAUCGCCGGGAUCUUCGCCAAAUUCGCCGCUGCCAUCGUGGCCAUUCCCGACCCCGUCAUGGGCGGAAUGACGACCUUCCUCUUCUCCUCUGUACUUGUCAGUGGUAUGGCUAUUUUGUCCAAGGUUCCGUUUAACCGUCGGAACCGCUUCGUUUUCACUGCCUCUUUGGCAUUGGGAUACGGCGCGACACUCGUCCCGAACUGGUUCUCUUACGUCUUCAAGGAAACGAGUAACAAGAGUCUCGAGGGAUUCCUGGAUGCCAUCGUUCUCGUUCUGGAGACCGGGUUUGCCGUUACAGCUUUUGUUGCAAUGAUCCUCCAUAAUAUCAUGCCCGAGGAGGCCAUCGACCUCGUCAACGCACAGGUACCGGGAGAACCUGAUCCCAUUCAGAACCAAUAUCCGAUGGACCGGAUGGACGGGAAAUAAACAAUAGAGAGAUGAAUAGAAGAUUCUAUGGCAUUGCGUUCAUCGAUAUCCUCCUCAGUUACAGAGCGUCUUUUUUUUCCCUUGCAUACAUAUUAUAUCCCGUGUUGGUUUUGAUUUGGACUCGUUUUGUUUCCUGGCCCUUUUCGGGUCUUCUUGAUCCCCCUUUGUACGUUUAAUUCGAUCCAAUUUUUCAUUGCGUGUACAAUAGUGUUUUGUUCAUUGUGGAUCCACUUAUUUAUCUGCCUUUAAUGAGCCUGUCUAUUGUCUCUUUUUCACCGUGCAGGGGUAUUAUACCUCUGGAGUCAAUUCAAGCCCUUGACGUCGAUUCAUAAAUAUAUUCUACUCAAAAUCUACUGUCAUAGAAAACACCUCAAAUACUCCCCCAAAGCCAUCAUAGCCAUGGCCUGUCCGUACGGCAUGGCGGUUAUUGGAAUCUCCUUAUAAAACUGCAAAGUAUCGCCCAUCGGCGUUCCGAAGCUGGUAUUCUGUAAUUCACCCUGGUCAUCAACAGCGCCGAGCACUGCCCUGACUGCCUUUUCGGCGACUAGGCGGUAUUCCUUGGAGGUAAUAGUAGAAGCAGCAGUAGUAGUGGUGGCGGUGGCGGCGCUAGCCGUACUCGAUCCUAUGUAGCGUUUCCGUAGAGCUUUCAAGAUCCCAUACGCGAAUCCCGCGGUCGCAGAGGCUUCGACGUAGGAAUCAGGGUGGUCUAGAAGGGUAUGCCAGUAGCCCGUGGCAGAGUCUUGGAGGCGCCGUAGCGCAGAGCACUGGGCUUCCAGGGUGUUGGUUAGAUGCAUCCGGAUGGGGUCGGAGGGGGACAGAUCCAGGAGUUCGAUGAUUUCGGGGACCACGAUGGUUAUCCAACUGUUUCCUCUUGCCCAAUGUGCGUUGGCGAAGUUGUGACCUU